AUGAGUGACCUCGCGGAAGAAAACUGCAAGAAAAGCUAUUCUUCCCAGGAAACAUCCACAGAAAAAAAUGUGUCUCCCGCUGAGGACUGCUCAAUAAGACACAAAAAUUUGCAAAAACUCGAGAAACAAUUAAAAUGCUUAGCCUUUCAAAAUCCAGGACCUCAGGUAGCUGACUUCAAUCCUGAAACUAGACAGCAGAAAAAGAAAGCAUGCAUGUCACAGAUGAAACAAAAUUUUUUUUAUGAGUCCAAAUUUACAAAGAAGUAUGACAGACAUGGCAGGCUGCUUUGUAAUGACAUAGAUUUAUGUGAUUGCCUGGAAAUGGACUGCCUGGGUUGCUUCUAUCCUUGCCCCAAAUGCAACUCAAACAAAUGUGGGCCAGAAUGCCGCUGCAAUAGAAAAUGGGUUUAUGAUACGAUUGAGACUGAAGCUGGGGAUGUGAUCAGUGAGCUACCAUUUUUUGUCCCUCACUGAUUAUAUUCUGUUUGGUUUUGUGCCUGAACAUUGUUCUUCUUAAUUCAAGUUUUAUUAAAGUAAAUCACCACCUGGUAGAGGUGCUUGUGCUAUUUUAUUGUUG